GACUGCACACUUAUAUUGUACAUCCAUACAUAUUUUAACUACAUCAUGUCUGAUGAUCAGCUAUCUCCACCUAAUGGUGGGCUGACUCAUUCAUCUCAGGACCAUAUCCUAGCCCCUUCUGAAUUAUUGCAACAGAUGGUGUCUACAUCGGUCCAAUCCGCCCUGGCCUCCGCCAUGUCAUCUGUCAAUGACAGCAUAUCAAAAUCUGUUUCCAUGGCGUUGUCACGGCAACACCGGGAAGGGCCGGCCUCUUCAGAUACCCCCUUGGUCGCCUCCCACAUACAAUCCCAGGCUUCCAGCCUACUAAGACCCGGCAAGUCGGACCGGAAGAGACGCUAUUGCUCCGACUUAGAUACCCACCUUACCAAUACACCUACUAUUGGAGGUGGUUCUAAACUAACUAAGACCUCAGUGCCUCCUGAGGAUACCAAUGUGAGUGCUCAGAACCCCACAGAUGGGGAUGACGUGCCCGGUGGAACCUCUCGGUCCUCCAGGCGUAAUAAACCCGACUCUUUUGUUGAAGAUUCAGAUGGCACCUCAGACUCUGGGGAUGAUGAUUUAUAUGAGUUGGAGGACGAGGAUCUGGAAGGGAACGCGAGUCGUUCUCCUCCACAUGGCUCCGCUGACACAAGCGCCCCCGGGGCGAUCUUGGAUUCCAUGGGAAUUCCAUUCUUCAGCCCGGAGAAUAUCAAACACCCCCGUUCGGGGGAGUGGACGCCCAUGUCACAGGUGGCUGAUUAUGUUUCGGCUUGGCUGCGCAAAUCUUUAGAUGGUCGCAACCGCAAUAAACUGAGGGCGGAGUGUCCACGACCGUCACUGCCCAAUAAUGUCGCCACGACGCCAGAGUUGGACCCCAUUCUGGUGCGCUAUCUGGUUAAGACCGGUAAAAACCCUAAAAAGGGUAUUGACAAAUCUUUCAAAACUGUUCAGGACAAAUUGUUGGAUGUCCUUGGGCCUAUGACUAAGAUUUUACAAUUGGCCGAACAUGCUGUCGCUUCAGGUGAAGUAAUUGAUGCAGACAUUUUACGGGGCUGGGCAUUACGAGCAGUUUGCUUGCUCGGCAAUGCAAACACUGCGGCGUCUACGGAACGCCGGAGAUCCAUCCUUAUGCGGCUGGAUCCCCAACUUACUCACCUGGCUACCGACGAACCUGGUCCGCCAGCGGACGGUUUACUAUUCGGGGAGGCCUUUCUUAAAAAUAUAAAUAAGUAUGUUGGCCUUUUCUCGGGCCUUGACAAAGCCCAAUCCUCUUUAAAAAAGGUGGGCGCUAACAAGGUUUUCCCCAGGGCUGGAAGGGGUAGGGGUCGCCCUUCUGGCCGUGCCACCAACUAUAGACCCUAUAACAGGGGCCACUACAUGCCUGACAGACAAUAUUACACACCAGUUCCCCAGCCACCACAGCCCUCGACUCCAUUCUUUCCGCCUAGAGGACGUCCGUGGAGAGCGAGGGGUGCCAGCCGCGGAUACCCAAGAUCCAGGGGCACAGGAUAUUGAAGAAUGGUUCUGCCUUGCCACGGUUCUUUGUUGGGGUCAGCUGCGUGACCUAUCCGGUUGAUCGUUCCUAUUUGAAGAUUGACGUUCUGCGUUAUUGGUUCAAGAUCCUCCGUGUGGACGCCGCCGCGCGAGUUCUGCAGUUUCGAUGCUGGACUUCGUCACGGCAUAAAGAAAGAGGAGGAGGAGGGGCUGCAGCUUGGUUAUAUAGGGCAGUCUAUGCUUGGAUUGGUGGGAUGGAGGAGGGAGUUGCUAUGGUUACUAGGUGCUUGGACACCUGUGUUUUCUUUUUCUUUUUAUGUUUAACACUGUCAUUCUUUCUGCUAAUGGGCAAAAUAAA